AUAUCCUAUGCUGUAUCCAGUUCCAUUCAAGACUAUACUACAGUGCUUGUCUUGGUUCAUGUUGUACCUGUGAGGGAACAAAAAGAUGGUACAAGCUUCACUCCAAACCAGGGAAGAAGGAAAAAGAGCGGGGUGAGAUUGAGGUGGAUAUCCAGUUCAUGAGGAGCAACAUGACAGCCAGCAUGUUUGAUCUAUCCAUGAAGGAUAAGUCUCGGACUCCCUUUGGCAAACUGAAAGACAAAAUAAAAGGGAAACGGGGCAAUGGAUUGUCAGACACAGCCUCAGCAAUUAUUCCUAGCAUUACUCACUCUCCAGCUGACAGUGAAGAAGAGUCAAAUGACAAAGAGAAGAAGAAAUCAAAGUUCAAGACACUGUUCUCUAAGCCUGGUUUGCAUAAAAACAAUAUUUCUCAGUCCAUGUCUGUGCUACCUACUCUCCAGCCUGUUUCAGAGAGAGUUCGACUUCGGCCCACUGACUUUCAGUCGCAGUGGAGCGAUGAUGAAGAUGAUACUUUGACGCCAGUCUCUGAGAAGCCCUCUACAAACAGAACCGACAAUAAUGUGCUUUAUCCCCCUUCUGUCAUGUCCCACAAGAGAACUGGUAGUGGAGACUCCAAGCAAUUAAACCAAAUCGCUGCUGCCAGUGCCAGGAGGGACAUGCAUUCUUUAUUUGGCCUCAAAUCCAAAAAUGACCCAGUUUCUAGGUCCAAUCUGUGUAUCAACGGCAGCCACGUUUACAUGGAAGAAAGUGAAUCAAGGGGUGAUACCAUUUCAAAAGAAGGCACUCCAUCUUCUCCUCAGGCAUCCCAGCGAAAACGUCUCUUUCUGUCUCAGGAGAACUUGUCUUUUGAACCAGACAAGGAACUUGAAAACCCUGGAAGGUUGCCCCUUGAUAAAGUGACAUCUGGGUCAUCUUCACUGGAAUCCUUUAAAGCCAUGACUCUGCCUUCGUACAAACUGCUUGCUGGUGGGGAUUCAGUAGAAAACAACACUCCAUUGGUUUCAGACACUCCAAAAGAAACCAAGGAGACCAAAAAACACGAGAACAAGAAGUCUGGCUUGCUGUCUCUAGUGACAGGGAAGAAAGACACAAAAAUCAGUGAGGAAAUGGGGAACACUGAAACUUUUCCCAAGGUGAAGGAAGUGAAGCGUAAUGAAAAAGAAUUGGCAAGAAAGGAGACAAGCCCUUUUGAGGUCCCUGUGGAUGGCAAAAGGGGUCAUGGCCCAGCUAAGAGUAAUCCUACAGAUGCUGUGAUUGCAAAGACAUCAACAAAUCCUUUCAGUGAAAAUAUUGCGGAAGGAGAGAAACCAGAAAAAAAUGCAGCUUCUGUGAAACCUUCUCAGACGAAACCUGUCAAACCCAGACUGGGCAUGUCUUCAGAGGAUGAAACCAAAGCCACCUUUUUUCCUCCUGUACCUCUUCCUCCUACUUGCUAUCCUUCAAAUAAUGAAAAUAAUCCUUUUACUUCCAAAUAUGAUACAGAACAGAAAACUCAGGAAACUGAUAGGCUUGAUAGUCCAAAAAAUGUUUCUGUAUAUCCUGGUAAUAAUCCAUUCACUACAAAAUGGAUGCAGGAUUCCAGAGAUUUAGAAUGCUCUGCAGUUUCUGUCUGCCUUCCUCAUACUUCUGGCAGUGAAAAUAAUCCCUUCACUCCUAAGUGGGGACAAGAAACUCAGACACCGGAGACAGAAAUCCCUUCCUUAUGUUCUCUACGUUCUCCUGCAGCUUCUAUUACUGAAACUCAUACUAUUCCUUCUCAGCUUUCUAAUGUUGAUGAUCCUUCUGAAGUUGAAGUAGGACAGGAUUCUGAAAGAAUGAAAAGUCCUCCCCCAUCUUUAUGUUCUGUAUCUUUAGCUGGAAACAUUGAUAAUUCCAAGUACACUGGCAAUGUUUCUUCAGAAAAGUUUCAAAAUGAAAGCUUAACUAAUCAAACAGAUAUUAUAUCCAACUUUUCUGGUUCUCUAUCUGAGAGUACUCCUCCACAGUCUUAUGACCUAGUUAGAGUGAACCAAAAAGUUCCAAAUGAUGACAAAAUGCAUAUAGUACCACCUUUUAAAGAAAAUAAUGGGAUGAAGAAGCUGAUAGCCUUUGCCCUUGAUGAACUGAAAGAUAAUGUAAUAAGCCAUACUGACAGUACAGAUGAAGAUCCAUUUGAGGUAAAUGAAAAUAAAGAAGUAAAUUCAAUUGAAAAGAAUAGCAGCCAGAUAAUUGAAGUAAACAUAGACAAUAGCUGUGUCUCUAAACCUGAUGAAGAAGACAUAAAUUCUGUUCAUAAGAGUGGGAACCCCUUAGAGAAGGAAAUUGAAUCUGGCUGCUUAUCUAAAAUAGAGCCACCGGUACCAACUGCAAGAGUUCUCAUUCCUCUGCCUGUGGAAACCAACUUGUCAGGUACUGAACUAAGUGACAAAACACUCUCUGUGCCACCAAAACCAGCACCAAGAAGUGGUUUGAAAGUGAAAAAAGGUACAUAUCUUCCUCUGACUGAUGAAUCAAAAAGAGAAGAUGUGUCAAGCUGUCCAUCUGUUCUUAAAGAGAUUUCUUCAGACGGUUCAAUCUUUAGUGAAAAGCUAAGCCAUGUUUGCUCAUUAACUUCAGAAAUGGUUGUCCUUCCUCAUGGAGAUGAUGGUAGUAACAUGGAUCCAUCUCAAAGUGUUAAUGACUACUCUAAUCACAUAAUGAGAACACCACCUGGGAUUUCAGCUGCUGGAGAGCUGAAUGUAAAACCAACUGCUCUUCCUAUUAUUCCAGAAGUAGCUUCAGAUGAUGAGCAAUUAGGUGACUAUCAGCAGAAUCCUGAAAAUAUGACAGUAUGUGAAGACUUACCAAGAAAUGGAGAUGAUUUUAUGAACUUGUGGUCUUCUGUUGAGAGGAGAGAUCUGACAUCAACUAAGAAAGCUAUUGGAGAGACUAUAUCAGGUCUCAUGCAAAUCAGUAAUCUUGGUGAUGCAUCUAACAUGUUGAAGGAUCCAACCAACACUGUGUUGGAUGCAGUAGUAUAUCAAAACCCAAGUCAUAACCUUACAGGCAUGGGACAAAAGAGUGGAGAUUGCUCUAAGAAAAAUAGGCAGAAUGAUUGUCCUGAGUCUUCUGUUGAACCUGUUUCUCUUUCCUCUCUGUCUGAUUCUUCUCAGUCUUGCUCUGUUAGCUCUUUCCAGUCUGAUUCCCUUGGCUUUAAUAAAGCAGAAUCUCCAAUAAAAGCUACAGCAGAAGGAUUGGAUGCCAAAGUGGAAAGCUCUGGCAAGAAGAAGCUCCUUCAGGCACGGGUUUCACCCUCUGAAACACAUCCCAAUCCUGGUGGAAAUUCUGCCAAGCUCAGACUUCAUCCUGUGAAGCCAAUGAAUGCUACAAUAAACCAACCAUCUGCAAAAACCUUGAGCAUAAAUACUAAGAUCCUGGAUAAUCAAACUGAAAUCAAUCUAAAGAAAUAUCACCCUUCAGAUCCUGCUUAUGCUUAUGCUCAGUUAACUCAUGAUGAACUGAUCCAGCUGGUCUUGAAACAGAAAGAUACUCUUGCAAAACGAGAUCUCCAGGUACGAGAACUGGAAGACUAUAUAGAUAACUUGCUUGUUAGAGUCAUGGAAGAAACCCCCAACAUUCUUCGAAUUCAAGUCCACCCCAAUAAGAAAGCUGGAAAGAUGUAAAAUGGCAACUCACCCUGGAUGAGGACUUUUCUACUCAAAUUUAGGGAGUAGAGAAUGUGGAACGAAAUAACUGUUGCUUCUACCAAAACAAAGGUUAUUUAAGUCUUUGGGUAAAAUUGGUUUUCUGGUUAGAUAAUCCAAAAUGACAAUCUUUCUUCAGAUCCUUACACCCUUCCAAUACAAUGCACAUGAUUUGCUGCUUUGCUAAGAUUAAAAGUAUGAGAUUAUGAAACUUCAAGAGAGCUAUGUGAACCAGUUUUCUACUGUGAAUAAUACUGUAACUGGAGCAUUUAUACAGAAUUGUAUGUAAAGUUGAAAAACAUUUCCCACCAUUUUCAAAGCCACAGACCUCUGUGGGUAAUAUUAAGUUUUCGUGCAAUAUAUGCAAUCUUAUCCUAAGUAAUCUCACGCUAAUUCACUGAAGACAUUGGAAUAUCAUCAAGUCCCUCAUUUUGAUUAAUUUGCUGGAAAAUGAAUAUAUUAUUGGAAAACUGGAUGCCUUUGAAAUCAUCACUGAUUUUCACAAGUCCUCACAAAUUAUUAGUUGGGCUUUUGCUGUAGAUGUUUACAAUGGAUUGUGUACUGAGCUGCUUGCAUUAUUCAUUGGGGAACCAUAGGUAAAAAUUGCAUAGUAACGGCUGGUGAACAAACACUGCUUGCUUGUAUUGUCUACAUUGAAAUGGUGGGUGAAUAAGAACAUGCAAAAUUCUGCAGUUCAGCAGUGGGUUUUAUGAUCUCUAAUUGUGACUAGUUUGGGGUGUACUGUAUUUUAUCUGGAUUGGGACAAACUGGUAAUAGCACCAAAGCUAGUUGCUCAGUUGUAGGUGAUGACUUUUAAAUAGCAGAGAUAGGUAAUCUUGGGCUCUAAGAGAACUGUGAGACAAAACUCCUGGAGGAGUACUAGGUUGCCUAUCCCUCUGUGAUUUUAGGAAUGUGGAUGGAACUGAAACGUUCCCAUCUCCAGACACUUUAGCAGUUUGAAAGUACAUAUUCACACAAUUCUUAAUUGGCCUUGAAUACUGACUGAGCUUGCUUUUUAGUAACCUCUCCUUUGUUCAGAAAUUGGUGCGUGUUUCUUCCUUCCCUCUCAUUCAGUAAAGUGUUCCCAGAAUGGCUCCCUAUUUGUGAACCUAGACAAAAAUUCCUCUAACGAAGUUCUUUUCAGAAAAUCUUCUGAGAAGGUUAAGUCAUUUUAGAAUAACAAUCUACUUAGGCUAGUACAUUUACUUUUGUCAGGAAGGGUCAGACAGUUUUUUGAGUUCCAGAACAAUUUCCUACAGUCUCUUUCUCCAGCUCUUCCAGGUUCUGUAUUCCCUCCCUUCCCAUGCUUCAGAGAUAUAAUUGCUUGUGAUGGUUAUUAUGGGUGAAACUCCUCUCAAAAUUGUAGAUUUUUAGAAUCUGCAACUGAUGAGCAAGCAGUUAGAAAUCUUUAAGGUACUUUUUUGUUAAGUGAAGGAAAGGCAUUCUUUCUCAUCAGAGGUCACUGCAAAUGUAUCUGCAGUUAUUUAACUCAUUUCCCCGCCCCCCCCUUUUCUAUGCAGUGAAAAGAUUUAAACUUUGCUCCUUUCCUUUUCAGGAAUUGCUGAGCAAAGUCUUUUAGCUCUUAUAAUUCCAAGCAUUUAUUUGCUGUGGCUCAGAGCUGUAUAUGCAGUAUUGUUAGUCAAUUCAGAUUUUCCUUUCUCCUUAAGAAUAUCUGUCUUAAGUUUGACAAGGACAAACUUGAAAAUCUGAUAAGUGCUCAAAUCUGAGUAUAUUCAUUGAUAUUUAAGUUUCCUUUUAUUUGGUCAAGUAAACUAAACAGGAAAAUACUGAUGUGAGAGAGUCUGUGGGCUUGUUUUCAACAUGCUCCCCAGUGGCAGUUUUUUACACUGAGGCAUGCUUUCUGGAAAUCUAGAAGCAUGGUUGGCGCCUGGCCGUGCUAUUGUGCUGGUGCUCUUGUGUUCCUGAUGUAAAGGUUUUGAAUUGUCAGCUUUUCCUCAGUUAACUACUCUUUUCCCCAGAAGAGAAAUGUAGCCUGAUCUAUUUUUUGCAAUAUUUACGAGAAUACAUAUGAGGUCUACAUUAUCUUUCCACAAUAAAUAGCCUAUAUGGUUUCUGAUAAAGAGUAAUUGGGAACAUUCAUGCUCUCAGCAUACAUGGAAGGUUGUUAUAAAACAGAAUAGGCUUCCUUUUUCCCGUGAAAAUAACUGUGUGGUAAAGUGGGAAGAAUAAAUACAGUACUUUUAAAUCUUGCUGACUUUUUAAAUGGGAAGGUUAAAGAGGUUUUUAAUUUUAAAACAGAAAUAAUAGGUAAAGUGGUCUUGAACUAUGGGUGAAUUGUGCCUUGAGGGAAAGAAGUCCAGAUCCAGUAAGAUUUUAUUUUGCAUCUAGUGGGAAAGCUGCAUUUUGUGUGUUUAUUUUAAAACUUACCCUAAACUAGGCAUCUCCCUUUUUAUGAUUUACAACAAAUCCAUUUUAAUGUUAUUACAGGUUAAUUGGAUGAGAUCAGCCAUUAUACUGCUGCAAACUAAGGUUUAAUUAUAAAAUCUAUCUUUACAUUCUGUCUUAGAAGACAGAAGCUACAUGUAGAGAUUAGCAAGGUACUUUGCAGAAUUACGAAAGUCUAUGCAUAUUUGUAUUCUAGCCACACAAAUCUGCUACUUUUCAAAAAUUGUUAGCAGUUAUAGCUAGCCAAUAAAAUGCAGACACCUGCAGCAAUCUAAGUGUUGUUUGGAGGCAUCAAAGAAUUAACUUAAUCAUUUUUAUUAUAGCUACUGUUUAUUAUCUUCCUAUGCACUUUAAUGAGGGAUAUGGUUGGCACUGAACAAUUCUUCAGCCCUCUCAUUGUACUUAGUCACAACACUGGAUUACAGUAUAAGUUUGUCAGCUAAAUUUACUAAAUAGUGCAGAGUUAAUUGCUCUUGGCACUAUAUAAUCUGGCAAUCACCAAAGAACAGGAUAGCUUAGGUGGCUACUGUACUCGUGUUUUGAGAAGAGGUGUAGUUUGUAUGACUUGUAUUACCAGUGCAUUCAUAACCUAAUUACAUAUUUUAAGGUUUAGUACGAAAUGAGUAAUAUAUUUGAAUGUCUGGUUCUGAGGGAGGAGUAGACCAUACUCUCUGUUAUUGCUAUAAACUGAGUGUGAAACUUGUUGAAUAGACUUGUCUCUCUCUCCUAUACAGUAUAGUUCUAAUUCUGUCAGUGAACUUAACUGAGGGUGCCUUUUUGCCUCAAGUGUUUCGUAGAGUUAGAACAAACAAUUCAGGCUUUUGCAAGGAAACGAAUAGUAGCCUGCCAUACUGAAGGCAGGAUUUCAUUGUGAAAUUGCUGGUACUGAAAUGUGUAACAAUACAUAUUUGCAGGUAAAAGAAAAAAAAAAGGUUUGGGUGUUUUUGAAGUCUGGCUAUUUCCUUCUGCUGGUUGAAUCGCAAUGCUGUAUGCCUGCUGUUUAUGAAAAGACAUACUGGAAUUUGUAUGUCUGCUUCCGAAACAUUAAAUAGCUGCUUUAACACCAUACCUCCUACAAAUAAAUUUCUGAAUAGAUUGGAAUUGUAUUUUAAACAUGUCUGCUAAUAAAAUGGCAGGUAGCAAAACAAAACAAAAAAAUCUUGCGCUGGACAAAUUUUGAGCAGAUUGAGAAAAUCAAAUUUAGGAUUCUUAAACUUUUAAUUUUAAUAUAAGUUCGAGCAAACUAGUAUGGUUGUUGGCCAUUCUUGCUGAAAAUUAUGAGAAUUGCCAUCUCAGUUAGGAACAUGCUAAACA